AUGCCUGCACUCAACAAGUCCACUUCCAGGGUCAUUAAGGGAGAUAAAAUCAAAUGUGGACAGUGUGACCAGGACUUUCUUGAUGAUAAUGCAAGAAGGUCUCAUGUGCGAAUUGUGCACCAAGCCAAGCUUACUAUCGGUGACAUUCAACUAACUCGCCAGGAGGAUGGCAGUUUCCACUGCCCUACGCCUGGAUGCCACUAUUUUGACCAUGACCCUGCCAAUUUUCGUCGUCACAAGCAUGUAAAAGGAGGGAAUGAGUCCAACCUCAUCCCCACCAGGCCUCUGCAAGGAGAGCCCUCUUCUAACCCUCAUGCUGUGGCCAUUUCCAGUACCCCUACUGCAACUUUAGCUCCCUCUAUUCCUGAGGUUAGGCCACAACCUGAGGAUUCUGAGGAUCAAGAUGACAAUGAGGAUCCUGACUAUCUACCAUCUUCCCCACAUCAAGAGGAAAUUCACUUUCCUCCACAACAGCUUAUGUUCAUCGAGGAACUCUGUCCCCUGCAGAUUGGGAUUGAUCCCACACAUCGUCUCAUUGUGUGUGAAGGAUGUCAAUGUGGUGUACCACGCCAGUCUCUGGAGAACCACAUCACCCAGUCUCAUGGUGGUAGAUCCCAAGUCCCUACCAACUUGGACACAAUUCUUAAUAAAUGUCAAGUCCCACAAGAUGUUAUGCCACCCACAUCAAAAGCAAUCCCAGUUGCAUCACUUCCCAUCAGGCCUGGCUUCAUGUGUGGUGUCCCAGGGUGUGGCUAUGCUUCUAUCUCCCAUGAAACCAUCCAUCGACAUAUUCGACGAGUGCACAAAGGUUUUUUGGCCCAGGAGAACACCCUACAAGCCCAAGUGCAGCUUAUCUUCUCAGCUAGGCCAGUGUAUCAAGUCUGGGCAGUGGAUUCAAAUUAUUCCAUGCUGGCCCCAGGUUAUGAGCAUAGGUCAGCAUUGGACAUGAUCAAGGCUCAUGAUGAGUCUGGAUGGGAUGAUGGAACAAUCCGAGCACCUUGUGAUUCUGUCCAUGUUAAUGGCUUCUUGAGGGAGUAUGGAUGGCUCAGGAUUAUAAAGGGGAAAAACUAUAAGGAGUUGUGUGGAAUGGUGGAGACUCCCAGCCAAAGGAACUCAGCACUUCUUCCACUUAAGGACAAGCUCACAGCCUACAUUAAUGGGAUAAGGGAGGUGGUGGAGGAAAUGGCCCCAUUACUUUUAAGAUGGAUCAAUACACCUGAGGGGCAAGUCUACAUUGCCUUUCUGUGUCAUCUAAUCUAA